AUGUCUUGGCUAAGGCUAGCUUCGUUGGUGCUUGUAGCAGGGUCUUUAGCCGUCAAGAGACAAGACUUUAAGACCUGCGAGCAGUCCAGCUUCUGUAAGCGCCACAGAGCCAUUUCGGAGAAUACUGGUUACGAGGUGGAUCCACAUUCUCUCAAACAUGCAGGAUCAAGGCUUGAUGCAACGUUGCAGAAUGCUGAAAACAAACUUUCUCUGCGUAUCUAUGGUCUUAAGGAAUCUUCAGUUCGCAUACAGAUUACCGAAACUGACACUGCGAUCCGCAAGCGGUUUGUUCCUGAUGUGGCUCUCAAUGGUGAACCAGAAGAGGAUACUUUUUCCGCUCUUGAAAUCAAAUCAGACUCCGCACAUGUAACAACCGGCGAUAAAAAGUUAAAGAUAGUUAUCGCCUUCAAGCCUUUUGUUGUGCAUAUUUAUAAUGACUGUAAUGACCUGGUCGCUCAAGUAAAUCGAGAUGGGAAGUUGAAGGUUGAACACUAUCGAACCAAAGAGGAAGGUAAAGAAUAUCCUGAAGGCUUUUGGGAAGAAACCUUUAAAACUUUUACCGAUACUAAACCUUUCGGAUCUAGCAGCGUUGGGGUAGACAUUUCAUUCGUUGGGUUUCGUUCAGCAUAUGGAUUGCCAGAACAUGCCGACUCUUUCGCUCUGAAAACUACAGUUGGAAAUUCUGAUCCCUAUAGGCUGUACAAUCUUGAUGUUUUUGAAUAUGAACUCGAGAAUCCCAUGUCACUUUACGUUGCGAUCCCAUACAUUGUGGCCCACAAGAAGAACGCUACUGUUGGAGCUUUAUGGUUUAACGCAGCUGAGACUUGGAUUGACACUAGUUCUUCGGCGUCGAGCAAAGGAUUUUUCAGAAGCGUUAUCGACAAGGUAAUAUCUGGGGAGAAUGUCCCCCAUUUUGAUGCUCACUUCAUGUCUGAGACAGGUGCUGUGGACAUUUUCUUUUUUGGAGGACCUUCACCUCAAGAAGUUCAGCGACAGUUGGCAAAAACAACCGGAGUAACACCAAUUCCUCCUCUUUUUUCGAUCGCUUACCAUCAGAGUCGAUGGAAUUACAACGACGAGGAAGACGUAGCGCAGGUGAACGAAAAUUUUGACGUAUAUGACAUUCCGAUGGAUGUGAUAUGGUUGGAUAUAGAGCAUACGGACGGCAAAAAGUAUUUCACGUGGGAUCCACACAAGUUUUCUCAUGCAAAGCAGAUGAUUGAUGGUUUGCACGUCAAGGGGCGCAAAAUGGUAACAAUCAUCGAUCCUCACAUAAAGAAGGACGACGGAUACUUUGUCUACAAAGACGCCAAAGAUCUUGGAUUAUAUGUAAAGAAAUCGGAUGGUGCUACCGAUUUUGAGGGGCACUGUUGGCCUGGAACGAGCUCCUAUUUGGAUUUCCUUAAUCCUGAGACUCGUAAAUACUGGGCGGCACAGUUCGCAUUCGACCGCUAUGUUGGAUCGACUCCUCAGUUGUUUACAUGGAAUGACAUGAACGAACCUUCGGUGUUCAGCGGCCCAGAAGUCACUAUGGACAAGGACUGCCUUCAUUUCGGAGGUGUUGAACAUCGUGAACUGCACAACAUCUACGGCUUUAUGGUACACUCAUCAACUUUCCAAGGACAACUAGAUCGAACCGGUGGGAAAGAUCGUCCAUUCGUACUCACACGAUCCGGCUUCAUUGGUACUCAGCGAACAGCUGCUAUAUGGACUGGUGAUAACACUGCUGAAUGGGGACAUUUAGCCAUUGCUGCUCCAAUGCUGCUUUCACUAUCUAUUUCUGGUGUGCCCUUUGUGGGUGCUGACGUGGGCGGAUUUUUUGGAAAUCCUGACGAGCAGUUGCUGACUCGCUGGUAUCAGACUGCAGCAUUCCAGCCGUUUUUCCGAGCCCAUGCCCACAUUGACACAAAGAGACGCGAACCGUGGCUGUUUUCGAAGGACACAUUGGAGGCGAUUCGACAGGCUAUUAAGCGAAGAUAUAUCUUACUUCCUUAUUGGUACUCCCUCUUCCGGGAGCAUGCCCUUAGUGGAGCACCACCAAUGCGACCAGUAUGGUUCGAGUUUCCAGAUGAAGAGAAGCAUUUUGAGCAAGACAAGGCUUGGAUGGUUGGCAGUGCGUUAUUGGUACAUCCAGUGGUUGAGAAAGACACUUACAAUGUUAACGUUGAUCUCCCUCAUGGAGACGAUAAGACCCGGUGGUACGAAUGGGAGACAGGAAUUGAACGAUCUGCUGGUCCAUCUUACGUUGAUGUUCCCAUUACUCACAUUCCAGUUUUUCAACGUGGGGGUACUAUUAUUCCAACAUGGCAGCGAGUCAGACGAGCAGCAAGUUUAAUGAUUCAAGAUCCAUUGACGCUGUACGUUGCAUUAGAUCGCAACGGUAAUGCAAAAGGCAGUGUGUAUCUUGAUGAUGGAGUAACACAUGAUUACAAGAAAGGUGUCUUUAUAUCGGCUGAAAUGCAGUAUAAAGUGAAGUCAUCGACGGAAUCAACUAUUUACGGUCAACCUAGUCCUGACAGUGGCAGUUAUGAAACUGAGGCUUGGAUUGAACGCAUAGUGGUCCGAGGAUUGGAUCGAAUUCCUGCGAAUGUCUCCAUAAUCCGCGCGUCGGAUCCCACCGUUAAAUUACAAUUCUCAUACGAUCAUGGCAAAAAGAGUUGCGACAGUCCAGCUUCUGUGAGCGCCACAGAGCCAUUUCGGAUCAAGAAUUGGCGCAUCAUUGCAAAAUACAAAUACAAAAAAAAAAACUUUCUCUGCGUCUCAGCGCACUUAAGGAAUUUUUUUCUGUUAUGGACUGUUGGAUGUAGUGGAUUGGCCAUAUCUGAUAUCACUUCAGUUUCCAGCGGAUGCGAUCGAAGUGGCGCAGCAAAAUUCGGCUGCACGUUAUCGGUUAAGGUAUCGACAAGCUCGAGGUAUAGUUAUCGACAACGUAGGAUCCAAAAACAUAGUGUCAGUGAAGAAUCGCUGAAGACCAUUCAGCCUUCACAUGAGCAAUCAUAG